AUGCCGUCUUCACUUCCAGCACCAUUCGCAGAACCUCUCCUUCCACAACUUGAUGUCCCCAAUCCUUUUCUGACCGAGAAGCACCACAAAGUACGUGCUUAUACACGCAAUUUCGUCGAGAAAGAGUUGUUGCCGUAUGCACAAGAAUGGGAAACAGCAGGCGAGAUACCUGAUUAUGUGAGGCAGAAAUACUCCGACGCAGGCUUCACAAUUGUGCAUCCAGUGAUCGACAAAGAGGAUGCUGGUGGUGUUACGCCAAUAGCAGGCAUCCCUCACAAUGAAUGGGAUACUUGGUGCGGCAUGAUUGUAGGUGAUGAGAUGAACAGAAUGGGCUGGUGUGGUGUGAGUUGGGGCCUGAACGGAGGGAAUGGUAUAGGAGCACCACCAGUCUCGCGCUUUGGCACCAAGGAGCAGAGGGCGAGGUGGUUACCUAAGAUUGCUAGAGGCGAGAUCAGGUUCUGCCUGGGCAUAACUGAGCCAGAUGGUGGUAGUGAUGUUGCUAAUAUUCGCACAACAGCUGAAAGACAAGGAGACAAGUACAUUGUGAAUGGAAGUAAGAAGUGGAUUACAGGUGCAAUCUGGGCUGAUUACGUUACUGCUGCUGUCAGGACGGGCGGAAACAGCCAUGGUGGCAUAAGCUUACUUGUCAUUCCAUUGAAUGCACCAGGCGUGACUCGACGUCGCAUGUACAAUCAAGGUGUCCAUGCCAGUGGCUCGACUUUUAUCACAUUCGAAGACGUUGAAGUACCUGUUGACCAUCUGCUCGGAAAAGAGAAUGACGGUUUCCGUCUCAUCAUGUCCAAUUUUAAUCCCGAAAGGUUGAGCCUAGCCACUGCGGCAAUUCGAUUGUCCCGAGUUUGUGUACAAGACGCGUAUGAUUAUGCCUGUAAGAGGGAGACCUUUGGCAAGAAGCUCAUCGAACACGAUGCGAUAAGAGCAAAGUUUGCCAAGUUCGGUCAGCUCAUCGAACCUUGUCAGGCUUUCCUGGACCAGCUGUGCUACGUGGUUGAAACGUCGUGUGUGACUGGCAAGGAGGUCAACGUGGGAGGCAUGACCGCCUUACUGAAAGUCAUGAGCACGAGAUGCCUCGAGAAAUGCUGUCGCGAAGCUCAGCAAAUUUUCGGCGGUGCUGGGUAUAAUAAGUCUGGACCAGGCGCUCGUGUAGAGCAGAUCAGUAGAGAUGUUCGAGUGCACGUCGUUGGCGGAGGCAGCGAGGAGAUCAUGAGCAGUCUCGCCGUAAGACAAGAAGCCAGGGACGUCCAGCUUCGUGCUAAGAAGUCGAAAAUCUGA